GGUAAAAUUCUCUAUAAAGUACGAUGGAAAGGAUAUACCUCUGAUGAUGACACCUGGGAACCAGAAGUUCAUUUGGAAGACUGCAAAGAAGUGCUGCUUGAAUUCAGGAAAAAGGUUUUGGACAAUAAGCCUAAACCUGUUAAAAAAGACUUACAGAAACUGUCUCUAGAUGAUGAUAUCUUUGAAGCAGAAUCUGACAGUGACUGGCAGAGUGAAACAAAAGAUGAUAUUUCACCAAAGAAGAAAAAGAAGUCAAAAGAUGGAGAGGGUGAUGCAAAGAAGAAAAAGUCUAAGUCUGCAAAACCCAAAGAAAAACCCAGAACAGAGUGUGAAAAUUCCUCAGAUACUUCGGUUUUAGAUACAAAACCAAAAAAAAGGAUUUCAGAAACCAAGAAUGAUUCAAAUGACCCAAAGAAGCAAAGGAAAGAAUAUACUAAAGAAAUUAAGAAAAAGAAGGGAGAAGUUAAAGAUUUAAAAAUAAAAUCUAAAGAAGAUGCUAAAGAAAAUAAAAAGUCACGAAAGGAGAAGCAUGCAGAUGUUCAGUUUGACUCAGAAGGAAGUACUUCAAAUGAUACGUUUUCUCCAGGAGCUGAUAAUGACAGUUCAGACUUAAAUUUUGAAAAUAAAGAUGGGAAGCAAAAGGUAGUUAGUGGAGAAGAGAGAUUGGAACAGAAAAUUGAUGAAGAAGAUGCCAUUGCUGAUAGGCAUCUUGAUGGAUCGGCAAGUAAUGAAGAUGAUAGUAUUGAUGUUAAGGUUAAAAGACAGAAGAAAAUGCAGAAAGCAGAAGACUAUACAGAGGGAGGUGAAAAGAUGGAAACUCAAGAUACGAAUUCAGAGAAGAAAAGCUUGCACAAAGAGAAAGAAGUAAAGAAAACAGAAAUAAAAGAAAAAUCUCAAAAAAAAGAGUCUGAAAAGGAAGAAAAAAGCAGAAAAGAACAAAAGGGCCUAAAAACAUGGAAGCAUAUAGAUAGUACAUUUGACUUGUUUAAUGUAGCUUCAGAAUAAAAAAGUGAAUAUUCUGAGAAUAACUGCAAAAGAGAAGAAUCUUUGCUAGAUUAUAAAUUGAUAGAAAAAUUAAAAGACAGCUAGGUGUACAAGGGAAGGAGAAGCAUAAGAGAUGAAACAGACACAUGGAUUUACAUUGCUGCAUAAGGUGAUUGAGUAGUAGUGGAUCUGUGUCAAAUGGAGAACUCUGAUGGCAAGCAACAAGUCCUGAGUUUGGGUAUGGACAUGCAGUUAGAAUGGCUGACACUAGAAGAAUUCCAGAAGCAUCUUGAUGGAGAAGAUGAGAAUCAUAUAUCACCAGAACCAAUAUCAAAUACUCUCCUGAGGGAUGCUGUUAAAAGUGGAGAUUAUAUGACAGUGAAAAUGGCACUUUCUUCAAAUGAGGAAUAUAAUCUGGAUCAAGAGGAUGCAAGUGGGAUGACCCUAGUUAUGCUUGCUGCUGCUGGUGGACAUGAUGACCUUCUCCGUGUCCUAAUCAGGAAAGGAGCUAAAGUUAAUAGCAGACAGAAAAAUGGAACAACUGCAUUGAUACAUGCAGCUGAAAAGAAUCUUCUAACAACAGUAGCUAUUCUUCUGGAAGCUGGGGCGUAUGUGAACGUGCAGCAGAGCGGCGGUGAAACUGCCUUAAUGAAGGCAUGUAAAAGAGGGAAUUCUGAUAUAGUGCGGCUUAUGAUUGAAAAUGGAGCGGACUGUAACCUUCUGUCAAAGAACCAGAACAGUGCCCUGCUCUUUGCUAAACAGUGUAGUAACCCACUGGUGUAUGACCAGCUCAGGAGUCAUUUGGAAAUGCUCUCCAGAGUGGCAGAAGAAACCAUCAGGGAUUAUUUUGAAGCUCGCCUUGCUUUGCUGGAGCCAGUCUUCCCGAUCGCGUGCCAUCGGCUCUGCGAAGGGCCAGACUUCUCUAUGGAUUUUAAUUACAAACCCCCACAAAACGUGCCAGAAGGAUCUGGAAUUCUUCUCUUUGUUUUCCAUUCAAAUUUCUUUGGAAAAGAUGUCGUUGCGCGGCUCUGUGGACCAUGCAGUGUACAAGCUGUGGUUUUAAAUGACAAAUUCCAGCUCCCUGUAUUUUUGGACAGUCACUUUAUUUAUUCCUUCAGCCCUACUGGAGGCCUUAACAAGCUUUUCAUACGGUUGGCAGAAGUUCCUGCUGCCAAGGUAAAGCUGCUGAUAGGAGCAUACCGAGUGCAGUUGCAGUGACCUCCCAGCUGUGAGCACGCUGAAUGGACUGACACUUCUUGGGAUAUACUUCUGAUUCCUCUGGUCAGAGGCUGACAAAGCAGUUUGGAACUUUUUGGCACCACACUCCUAAGACCCAGUUCCCAGCUCACUGUCCCUCGUUGGCAGUCAUAUAGGAGUGUUGGAGAGCAGCUGGAUGUGCUGCACUGGUGGGACAGGGUUGUCACCUUUUUUUACUUUGUACAGAUGUAGAUGUAAGUAUUUGUGCCAAUACAUAUAAUUUUGUUUUUCUUUAACUUGUGGAGUCCAGACUGCAUAUUUCAGCUUUUCCACAAUGUGGAAUGGUGCAUAUAAGAACUAUUUAAGGUAACUACGUGAAAUUGUCUUUUUUCAUAGAAAGAUUUUUUCAUUUGUAAACUACUAUUUUCUACUUUCUCUAACGUUUCUAUGUAAAAUGCAGAACUGUCAUAUUCUUGAAGCUGUG